AGUAAAGAAGCUCGUGUAUCGCAUGCAUAUCUUUCGUUUUCCUGCUUGUAAUGUUGUGGAGUAAUGAGCUAAACUCAGAGUUGAGAAUGAGAUGGAAUUUGAACAAUGAAGAGUUGUUUUUUCAAAUACACGUAUAUAUGCAAGUGUUGAAGACUAGCUUGAAGUGGUAGCAAGUGCCACAGACGAAAUGGAACUUCAGUCUCCUCAUGUUGAUGAACAGCGGCAGCAACCACUCCGAAUCUACUUCAUCCCAUACCUCGCAGCCGGUCACAUGCUCCCUCUCACCGAUAUAGCAAGCGUCUUCGCCGCACGUGGCCACCACGUGACCAUCAUCACCACAUCAUCCAACGCCCAAAUCAUCCGCAACUCCACCCCCCACCACCCCAACCUCCUCGUCCAUACUGUCUCCUUCACCUCCCAAGAACUAGGACUCCCCGACGGUAUCGAGAACCUCUCCCACACCUCCGACGGCAACACCUUCACCAAGAUGUACUUCCUUAUGGAGGACACUCUCCGGGAGCCCAUUGAGCACUUCGUGGACCACCACCCACCCGACUGUAUCGUCGCUGACUUCAUGUUCCCGUGGGUGGAGGACUUGGCCAACAAGCUCCGCAUCCCAAGGUUGGUCUUCAAUGGCUUCUCCCUCUUCGCCGUCUGCGCCGUCGAGUCCUUCAGGGCACACCCCGUCCCUCCCGAUGCUUCCCCUCCCUUUCUCAUCCAUGACUUCCCUCACUUUGUCACCAUGAACGCAACCCAACCACGGGCUAUAAGGGAGGUCCUAGAGUCGAAGCUGGAGGCAGAGCUCAGAAGCAAUGGACUAAUAGUCAACAACUUCGCAGAGCUCGACGGAGAAGAGUACAUCCAGUACUACGAGAGAACAACGGGACACAAGGCAUGGCAUCUUGGACCUGCGUGUCUUCUUCACAGAACCGUUGAAGAAAAAGCGCAGAGAGGACAGAAGAGCGUGUUGAGCGCUCACAAGUGUAUGAGCUGGCUCGAUUCCAAGAAACAAAAUUCGGUGGUUUACAUAUGCUUUGGGAGUCUCUGCUGCUUCCCGGAUAACCAGCUUUACGAGAUAGCAUGCGCGGUGGAAGCAUCGGGUUGCGAGUUCGUGUGGGUGGUGCCGGAGAAGAAGGGAAAGGAGAAUGAGGAAGAGGAAGAGAAACAGAAGUGGCUGCCAAAGGGGUUUGAGGAAAGGAAUUCAAAGAAGGGAAUGAUUAUAAGAGGGUGGGCCCCGCAGGUUCUGAUAUUGGAACACCCUGCUGUAGGAGCGUUUGUUACCCAUUGUGGGUGGAAUUCCACCGUGGAAGCGGUUAGCGCCGGGGUGCCAAUGAUAACGUGGCCGGUGCAUGGUGAACAAUUCUAUAAUGAAAAGCUGAUAACUGAAGUGCGUGGGAUUGGAGUGGAGGUUGGUGUAGAUGAAUGGAAGUCAACUGGCUACGGUGUAAGAGAGAAGGUUGUGGGAAGAGGUCGCAUAGAGGUGGCUAUAAGGAGGUUGAUGGAUGGUGCCAAUGAGGCCCAAGAAAUCAGAGGGCGCGCUCAAGAGCUUGGGAAGAAGGCUAGAGCUUCUGUUCAAGAAAGUGGCUCAUCCUUUAACAAUUUCACUGCCUUGAUUAAUGAACUUAAACGUUUGAGAGAUUGCAAGCAUGUGGAUUAAUCAUAUCUUCCAAUCAUUCCAAAUAUAAUUAAUGAUGCAUAGUCAAGAGAAUGUAGAGAAGAAUCAAUGGGAAUAACAGUCUUUCUCAUUGGGUAGUGUUGUGGCCUGAGAAGAAUCUCCGACGAGGUAUACGUUAGUCUUCCAAAAACACGCUCAAGUCAAUCAGUAGGUUCACAAUAAAUGUUGUGCCGACUUAUAUCUUAUAUAGUCGGUUUUGACAAUUGUAAUUUGAAGGGUAAAGUAUAUUUUUUGUCUUUAAAGUUUGGCAAAAA